AUGGGGGGCAGCCAGGUCCCCAGGGUCGCAGACAAGAAAGGGAUCGUCUGGGUACACUGGCUCCUGGGCCAUAACAAGGGGGCGCCCCAGCCGCGCCUUGGAGCUGGCGGAAGCAGAGGGGGCGCCAGGCGGCGGGAAGAAGAAGCCGUGGGCGCGCAGGUCAGGACGCUGCUGCUGGCGCAACUGUUGGUGCGGGUCGAAAUCGCGAGGCAGGGUGAGCUGAGGCGGGGGCUGCCGGCGCAGCUAGGGGUGAUGGGGGAAGGGGCCAUGUGGCCAACGGACUGUCCCGACACUCAUAGUGUAUGGAAAGGAUGCAGGGCUUGGGCGCAGGGCAGCCUGCGCCUAUGGGGCUCCCACUACUGCGGAGCAAGCCUGCUCAACCGCCGCUGGGUGCUCUCGGCCGCGCACUGCUUCCAAAAGCACAUUUAUCCCUAUGAAUGGUCGGUCCAGUUUGGCGAGCUGUCUGUCACACCACCCACUUGGAGCCUGCGGGCCUACCUCCAUCGUUACAGGGUGAAGAGUAUUAUUAUAUACCCCAAAUCCAGGAAUUAUUUGCAGGACGACAGCUCCCUGCUGAAGCUGUCCUCCUCCGUCACCUUCAAUAAGCACAUCCAGCCCGUCUGUGUCCUGUCCUCCUCCUCUGAAUUCAAGAACUGUGAUGACUGCUGGGUGAAUGGCUGGGGGGACAUCCGUGAGAAAAAGAAUCUGCCACCUCCCUACGAUCUUCAGGAAGUGCAAGUCUCCAUCAUAAACAAAUCCAGGUGUUCCUACCUGUUCCAUCAGCCUGAUUACAGCAGUCACAGCAGUAAUAAUAUGAUUUGUCCUGGCUCUGAGGAUGGCAACACUGACACCUGCAAAGGUGACCCAGGCAGACCCUUGGUCUGUGAAAAGAAUGGGCCGUGGAUUCAGAUUGGAAUCGUGAGCUGGGGAGUGGGCUGUGGUAGGCGCAACCAGGCCGGCAUCUAUACCAAUGUCAGUAGUUACUUCAACUGGAUCCAGAUGCUGGUGGGCCACAGCACACCCAGGCCAGACCCCUCUCAGUUGCUGCUGCCCCUCGCUCUGCUCUGGGCUCCCUGA